GGUAACAUUAAAAUCAUGGCGACUUUGACAAUCAGCUGUCUAAAAGUGGGGGGGAAAUGGCGAAUGCCUGUAAGCUGUGUGUGUUAUGCAGUUCAUAUCCUCAAGCGUUUCGUUGCAGUUGUAGCUAUGGCGUGUUUAAGUUCGAGUAGGCUCUGUGCUCGUGUUCAAGAUAAGUUAUUGUGUCAAUUCGGACAUAAAGUUCGAAAGCAAACUGUAUUUGUGAAACUCAAACCUCCCGGACCAUCUCCAUUGCGAAUAUUUGGAAAGACAUGUCAGAGAGUCACAACAUGCGGCCCUGCUUGCGGGUCGGGUGGUUUCAGCGCGGGCGUAUCGAGCGGGCUGGUGCGCCGCCUCGCGUCCAGCCUCCAGAGCACAAGCACUGGCUCCCUACCAGACUACGGCACACAGAUCGUCGACCCCUAUCGCUUACUGGAAGACGACCUCAAUGGAAUAUAUGAAGACAUCAGAUCCGAGCUGGAGCGUAACACCAACCAAUCAGAACUCAACACCAUAGCCACAUACUACUUCGAUGGCCAGGGCAAGGCGCUCAGGCCGAUGGUGGCCAUACUCAUGGCGAGGGCCGUUAACUACCACGUCUACGGAGAAAACAGUGCAUUGCUGCCGUCACAGCGACAAGUGGCGAUGAUAAGCGAGAUGAUCCACUCGGCAUCGCUCAUACACGAUGACGUCAUAGACCAGAGUGAUUUCCGCCGCGGGAAACCCUCCGUCAACGUGCUCUGGAAUCACAAGAAGGUGGCGAUGGCCGGCGACUUCAUCCUCGCCGUGGCGUCGAUGAUGAUAGCUCGCUUGCGCAGCGAUGACGUCACACUCGUGCUCAGCCAGGUGGUCACAGACCUCGUUCAGGGCGAGUUCAUGCAGCUGGGCAGCAAGGAGACUGAAAACGAACGGUUCGCGCAUUACCUCACCAAAACUUACAGGAAGACAGCCUCACUCAUCGCCAACUCAGUCAAAGCGGUGGCCCUUUUAAGCGGGGCAGACGAGAGUACGUGCGAAUUAGCAUUCCAGUAUGGACGCAACCUCGGCCUGUCAUUCCAGUUGGUAGACGAUCUACUAGAUUUCGUGUCUUCAGCACAAGCUAUGGGCAAACCCACCGCCGCUGACCUCAAACUUGGUCUGGCGACCGCACCAGUACUAUUUGCCUGUGAAAAGUAUCCAGAACUGAACCCCAUGAUAAUGAGGCGGUUCCAAGAGCCGGGUGAUGUGGAGAAAGCGUACGAGCUGGUGCACAAAUCUCGCGGACUUGAACAGACACGUUUCCUAGCCCGUAAACACGGAGCUGAGGCGGCGCGCCUAGCGGCUGAGUUGGCUGACUCGCCCUACCAGAAGGGCCUAGUCGUCACCACCGACCUCGUGCUGAACAGGAUUAAAUAGUACUGAACUACUCUACCACCGUACUCAGUACGUGCACGACCAAAACUUUAAUAUAUUCUAUGAAAGGCAUCCACAGUUCUAGCGGCUCCCACCCUACAGCGUGGUGAAGCUUUGAAACAUAUUGUUGAAGUAAUUUUUCGUUUACGUUACAACAUUAUGUAUACGUGAUCCUAAGAGUAUUUCAAAAGAGUUGAUUUUCCAUGUCGAGCGCCACCUUUAAUAGUACUUAAAGGUUCUAGCGUGAGACGCACAGAAUUCUGGAUACCUUUUUGUAAAGGAUAUAGAGGCGAUGGACAUUUUAUUUUAGUAAUGUAUUUGAGUGUUCGGUUCGGUCGGAGCCGGUCGCCGCCGCCGGGCUCGGCCUGUCGCGAGUGAAUGUUAAGUGUAUAUGAGUGUGAAUUGAGCCAACAUGGCGACAUAUAUCGUAGAUAUUUUACGUCAAGUUAUACCAUGUGCCCUGAUAAAUUAAACAUAAUACUUUGUACUACAUACUAUUAAACGCUAUGUAUGUAGAUUGUUGUUAUAUUUUAUUGUAAUCAGUAGAACUGAUUGUCAAGUAAUUAUAUGUUACUUAUUAUUAAAGUAUAUCUAUUUUAUUAGUAUUGAUAUUAUAUAAUAUUUGUACUUUGUGUCCUUCACUUGUGUGACCUGAUUUAUUUUAAGAUAAUUUUCUGUGAGUUUUGUGACACCAUGAAGUAUCUACGACUAGCGCGAAACUAUCGCUGGCAGGGAGCGUGUGUGACUACUCGUUACCAAAUACUGUACGCUAUAUAUGUACAUACGUGUACUGUUUGUAUAAAUAUGCUCAACUGUUGUUUUGUAUCGUGCAAUCUUUAUGUAGGCAUAGAGAUAGAAAGUACCUGUGUUUGUGCACAAAUAAUAUGCUAUCGACGAUCAUCACAAAAUUACUUACUUCUUGUUUCAUAAGUUGGUGUUCGUUUGUUUCUUACUGUAUGUAUUUUAUGAUUUGUAAAUACUGAGAGUCAUUGGAUAAGUUACCCGUGUUUUAUCUUCAAAACCAAUUACCUCAAUUUCUUUAGAGUACACGUUACAUACUAGAGGUGUAUGUUAUAUUCUGACCUAGUAUUAAAUUUGUAAGUAUUGUACGAGGCCGCACUACAUAUUGAGGCAGAAUAUUAACAUCUGUUAGCAAAUUAGUACAUGUUACAAUUGUAAAUAAUACUAACAACUAUGUAUCCAACGUAUCAAGCGUUUAUAGACAAAUGAAUUUUCAGAGUACCGCAAAACAAUGCACCAUAAGCGCAGUAUUCUUAAAACUUUUUCUUGAAAUUAUUAAUAUUUAACAAAAUAUUAGUCAUUAAUAAGGUAAAUAUAGUUUAAGGCUGAAGCAACGACUGAAAUUGCAUAAAUGAAGCUGUUUUAUAACAAACUAUUUUAGUAGAAUGAAAGGUUCUGGAGGAUGAGUACUUUUUAAGAAAAAUGUAGUAAGUGCUGUUCGUUAGAGCCGUCCGAUACGUAUAGUAGCCGCAACGAAUUAUUAAUUAGUGUGUGUGAAAACUCUUUAUUUCAAAUAUGGGUUCACACGCAACUCGUUCUCACUUAAUUCUCGUCGAAUGUUGUAAAGCGGAACCACUGAGCGUAGAGAUGAAGUGAUUAACGUAAUUCUGAACCUGAUAGAAUCGCGUUGUUAUGAACAAAGUUAUUUCAUGCAUUGGUCGUUGUUUCAGCCAACCCUAUAAUGGAGAUGGAGGUGUAUGUUUUUUUGUACAUUAAAAAUGUUAAAAAAUGGGAGUCAAUGAAGUUUAUUUAUAUGUAUGUAGACAUACUUUAAUAGGUCAUACGUUUGUAAAUAUUAUUAUUCUGUAAAAUGGUAAAUCAUGAAUAAUUUUUAAUAUAAACAUUAGUUACAAAA